CGCCCCGAAUCAAACACGCGCUAGGGUUCGCUCUCUCACCUCCCCUACGCCGCCGCAGCCCGGCCGCCGACGCAGAUGGCCCAGCGCUGGCGCUCGAGGGCGCGGCGGGACCCUGACCUGGACGACGAGGAAGCCUCCCCGCCGGUGCGGCGGCGCAGGGCGGCCCGCAGAGGAGGCGGCGGCAGCGACGACGACGACGAGGCGGGCAACGAGGACCUCAGCCUCGAGAUCGUCGCGCGGGCGCGGCGGCGGGGCGAGUGUAGCGCCGGGUCCGCGUUCGACGUACUCUCGUCCGGGGACGAGGUCGACGAGGACGCCGUGGUGGAGCUCGGCGAGGCGGACCCCAGCAGCAGCAGGAAGCUGAAGCAUAAGAAGAAGCGGCGGAAGGAGAAGAAGAAGCAGCGGAGGGAGGUUCAUGAGGCUGCAGCUGCAGCUGCCGCCGGUGAGAAGGUGGAGUCUCAUGUUGCUGUUGCUGGGACCCAGGAGGUGCAAACUGGCACAACAGAGUCAGUGCUCACUGAAGAUGGGCCUGACGUCCCUUUAUCUGACAAUAUAGUUCUGCGGAAGCUUCUUCGCAUACCAAGAUAUUUUGAUCCUGGGGAAACUAUAUUGGAAACAUGCUUUAACUGUGGUGAGGAGGGUCAUGUAGCUGUGAACUGCCCAAUAGAAAAGCGGAAGAAGCCUUGCUUUGUUUGUGGGUUGUUUGGGCACAAUUCAAAGCAGUGCACGCAGGGUCAAGACUGUUUCAUCUGCAAAAAAGGAGGUCAUAUUGCAAAAGAGUGCCCUGAAAAGCACAAUAGGAAAACUCAGCAGUCCACAUUUUGUUUAAAGUGUGGAGAAUCAGGACAUGAUAUGUUUGGAUGUGCUAAUGAUUAUCCACAGGGUGAUGUUAAGGAAAUAAAAUGCUAUGUGUGUAACCAGAAAGGUCAUCUAUGCUGCGCUGACUUCUCUGAUAUUUGUCUAAAGGAAGUUAGUUGUUAUAAUUGUGCCCAACCUGGUCAUUCUGGUUUGGGAUGUGCCAAGCAAUGCAGAGAAGCUAGUACCGCGACAACUCCAACUUUGUGUUACAAAUGUGGUGAGGAAGGCCACUUCGCACGUGGGUGUACAAAGAGUACUAAGUCUAAUCAUAUGAAAGGUGAAUCAUCUGCACAUAGUCGGAAAAAAGGCAAAGGCAAAAAUGAUUUUGGCGCUAGAUCGGCUCCUUAUGAUGCGCGCAAGACAAGUAAAAGGAAAAGCCCCUUAUUUGAGGAAAGAAGGAACACACCUCAUUUUAAAUCCAAAGCUAGGGGUGGUUGGAUAGCUGAUGAUGCAGAUGACCAGCCAUACAAGAAGUACAAACCCAAUGCGUGGGCUUCUCCAUCUACCCCUAAGAAGCAAUACAGUAACCAUCAGUUCUCUUCUGGUGGUGACUACUCAACUCCUCAGUCUUCAAGAUGGCAAAGAAAUGGUUUUGCAUCGCCUAGCUCAACUUAUUCACCAAAUGCGAGGAAGCAUAGCUUCUCGUCGUCGAGAUUUGCCAGCAACACGCAUGUCCGUUUUGGAAGAAGCUAGCUCGAAGUUUGCUUUUUUGGUUUUGCAAUUCUGUUUACAAUUACAUCGAUCAGCUGUUAUGACUGCAAGGGCUGUUUGUUGUAUCUUAGAUUACACAUGUGCAACUUUACUUUCUGCUCGGAGCCAAGGCGUUUCCUCGGUCAA